AUGAAAGAUCUCGGGGGUCUCAAGUAUUUCUUGGGUAUAGAACUUGAUCAUAGUUCAUCUGGUUUGUUUUUAUGCCAACGCAAGUACACAUUGGAUAUAAUCUCUGAAACAGGUUUGUUGGGUGCUAAGCCAAGUGGUUUUCCGAUAGAGCAAAAUCACAAGCUCGGACUUGCUAGUGGCGAACUCUUGGAAGAUCCCAAAGUUUACCGCAGGCUUGUGGGGCGUUUAAUAUAUCUUGCGGUCACUCGACCGGAUUUAGCCUAUUCGAUGCACAUAUUGUCCCAAUUCAUGCAAGAGCCACGCAUUGAACAUUGGGAAGCAGCACUUCGAGUAGUGCGUUAUUUGAAAGGCACUCCGGGUCAGGGCAUUUUGUUGAGAGCAUAUAGUGAGUUAACUUUGGAAGGUUGGCUCGUCUUUCUAGGGCAAUCCCCUAUUUCUUGGAAGACAAAGAAGCAGCAUACAGUGUCUAAAUCUUCCGCGGAGGCAGAAUAUCGAUCAAUGGUAGCAAUCACCUGCGAAUUAAAGUGGCUUAAAGGUUUGUUGUUAAGUUUGGGUGUGCAACAUGCUAAUGCUAUAAAACUCUUUUGUGGUAGUGAAUCAGCUUUACACAUAGCUAAGAAUCCUGUUUUCCAUGAGCAAACAAAACACAUCGAGGUUGAUUGUCACUUUGUUCGUGAUGCGAUAAAUGAAGGUUUGAUUUUUCCUACUCAUGUCUCCACAUCAUCACAGCUAGCGGAUAUUUUCACAAAGGCACUCGGGAAAUCUCAAUUUGAUUAUCUACUUUCCAAGUUGGGCAUUUUCAAAUCUCAUGCUCCAACUUGA